AUAAUUACGUAUUUGUAGGCUCUAGCCUUUUUGUAUUUUAUAAUAUAUGUUUUAUAUGCAUAUUUGAAUGUGAAUAAUGUUAAUAAUGUUACAUAUGUGUUACAAAUUGAGUUAAGGUCUUGUAAUAGUGAUGUCUGGAAAAGUUGUGUUGCACUAAUUCAAUGGGAGAGGAAAAAUGGAAUCAAUUCGUUGGCCUAGAACUAACAGUUGCCGAAAUUGAGUUUGACGAAGUGCAUUUAACAAGCCGCGACAACUACGAAAAACUUCUGGCUGAUGGAGUGCUCAUGUAUGAACAGGUCCCAAUGGUGGAAAUUGAUGGCAUGCAUCUUGUUCAGACAAAGGCAAUCUUGAAGUACAUUGCAGAAAAAUACAAUCUUAACGGAGAAGACAUUAAAGAGCGGGCAAUGAUCAACAUGUAUUCUGAGGGGCUGAUCGAUCUCAUGGAGAUGAUCAUGUUUUUACCUCUCACACCCCCUGCAGAUAUGAAAACCAAGCUGGAAGGGAUAGAAGCUAAAGCAGCAGGCCGCUACCUGCCAGUGUUUGAAAAGGCGGUCUCUGGUUCCAUCUUCCGGGUGGGGGGACAGCUAAGCUGUGCAGAUGUCCAGCUGAUGGAGUGUUCCCUGAUGUUAGAGGAGAGGCUCCCUGGCAUUCUGGCUCAGUUCCCCAACAUCAAGGUGCAGCUUACCCUCAUGUUUCUAAGAAAUGGCCAUUCAUGCUUCUCCAUUCAUAACUACUGAGCAACCGGUCAAUUGCAAAUCUUAAAUUACCCAUCGCUUCAUGAAAGGUACCCAUUUCUUAAGCAGCUGGAAUGCAUUGAUCAUUUAUCAAGUCUUACGUCGAGUAGUAAUCAAAAAAAUUAUUAUGGCUCCGGAAACCUGCCCAAAACUCUUUAUUCACUCCAACCCAAACUCCCAAGGCUAACAUCACUACAAUAUUUAUGUUCUUUAAUAGAAGGCCUAAAGAAGAGAAUCAAUGGAUUUCUUACCGUUAUUGCAGUCUUUAUUAGUGACAGCAAAAGUAAUUGAAUGGCAUUUUCCCAAAUAUUUUGGGCACACUAAAAGGCAAACAUUUAGUAUUCUGCAAAAAGCAUUAGGACAUUACUGAAACACUGUUUUGUGGUGUCAUCGCUCUUUCUAGAAGCUUGAAAAUGUACAAACUUACAUCUGGUUGGUUAUUAUACUGCAGACAUACAUAACAUAAGUGAGAAUCACAGUUAGUUUAGAUUUCAUCCUAUGUAACAUUUGGACCAUCACAAUAUUGAUCUUGAAGUUGUGUCAUGGAAUGUAAGCUCAUUUUAUAAAAUAUUUAUUUUCAAAGGGAAUCAUCAUUGGGAAUGUUAUGAGUGUCGCAUAACCUGUGUGUCUAUUUUUGUCAAUAGACGCAAACUGUUAUGGUCCAAUCCCCACUGUUUUGGUUUUAGUGUCACAUCAUAAUCCUGAAGAGGAUCCGCACAAACAUUAACAAACUGUAAGAAAGCAGAGAGACAAUAGUUAAAACAAGCAAUACGUCAACAUAACAUGACCACCACAGUGUCUUUAAAACUGAUCUAUACUACUAUACACUUAACAGGUAGUUUGUUGUUAGAUUCUGACCUUAGUACUGCCAUAAGACCAGCAGGCAAUAGUUUUCCAGAGUUCUUAAACCUCAUUCCCAUCACAAGAGCGAGCACUCCCGAGGAAACUGAAGCAAAGAAGGACAACAGUUUGUACACCGCCUGGAUGGUAGACAACAAGUGACUACAUUUCCAAUGAUUAUGAAUUGAUAAGUAUGAACUUACGCAAGGAGAUUGAGGUGUCCCGUACAUCCAUUGAUAUUUUUAAUGCGCCAUAAGCAGAAAGUGCACCGAACACUAAGCCAGCUACCAAGGACAUCACACUACCUACCAAAGACAGGGGGACAGGGUCAUAGGAUUACAAUCUAAACCUUUACAUGACAUUAACGUUACACCAUUACGUUAUUGUUGAUGUCUAACAUGAGCUAAAUGCUCAAAUUUAGUCAACCUUUUCUUUUGUAGCCCAUAAAUCCGCCGAAAGCUAUGGCUGCAGCAUAGCCAAACCCGAGCCAGUCGAUUGACAUUUUAGAGCUGAUGAACAGAAGCAGAACAAUAAGGUUAUGGUUUAGUUUCUGUUAUAAUAUGGGAGUGCACUUUGUCAACGACCAUCAAAUAAAGCCACAACCAACGGCCACAAGAGGUCAAUGGUCGCUUUAAUUACUAUUGCACUGGUUAAUAGCUGGACGGCAUGAACGAAUGUCUCAAAAGUGUUUACGUCUUACCUUGAAUUGAAUCUUUAAGAUAAUAAAUGUUCAGAGGACUUCAGAGACCACACGUUUUUUGAAUCGCAGCCUUCCUUGUGUGCGUAUCAUGCGAAACGCCUGCGCUACUGCGCAUGCUUGUUUUGACGACGUCAAUGACGUCUAAAUACUCCCAAAAACAUCCAAAACAGUCGAGCCCAGGGACUGGCAUGCUAUAUUUAUGUUUUCAGAUUACCAAACCUCGAACCAGCCGGUUUGUGGCUAAUAGUCACGUAUUUUCUAUAUCACUAAUCAAACACAAGACUCAUUAGAAAUCGCAUAGGGCUACACUUUCAUGAAAAACAAUUUCAGAUCUUUAAUUCAUGUGGCAUCGAGCAAACUUAUCAGUAUAAAUCAAUAAGCAAUGGCAAAGCGGAACUCCGCCCAAAACACUUUAUUUCACUCCAACCCAAACUCCCAAGACUUACAUCACUUAAAGGUUUCCAUUCUUUAUAGUAGGCCUCUAGAAGUGAAUCAAUGCACUUCCUUUAUGAUAAAAUAAGCCACUAUGAACUGAAGACUAUUUGACCAAUAUUCUAUAUCUUGUUGCAGUCCCAGUUUUCCAGCGUGAAGCCUCUAUGCAGUCAUUAGGUGAAAUAACCCACUCGGGUCCCCUUGAUGAGGGUGGGGACUCCCGACUAGAAGGCACGUAUUGUGGAAUCACUGGCAUUGGAAGUACCUACAUAGAAUCCCCAGAUUAAAUAAAGUCUACGGUUGACACAUAAAAAAAAAAAAAGGGCUAUAAAAUGGCUGGCAAUGUUGUGAUUUUUUUGUUCAACAAAAGAGAUUUCAAGUGAGGUAUAGUUUAAAAAAAACAACCUUGAACUCACAUGUAUGAAUGACCCAAAGAGAAGAUCCAACCCACAGAAUAAGAAAGCCAAUAUGUAAAGUGACUAGUUGUACAAUGGUUGGUUUCAUUACAGUAAACAAGAACGGGCAUACAGUGACUCUCACAAUACAGCGAUGUUUAUAAUACAGAUGGCAUUUUGUGCAAAGAAACAUGAAGGUCUCGUACACUCAAGAUGGCUUAGGAUUUUUUUUGCAAGGUCAAUACUUUUGUUGAGCUGUACGUGAUGGUUGAAAGCGUAACGUACGGUGUGUCCACACACACACCCACUGUCAUUUAGUAAAUAGUCAAAUAAAAAAUUAUUUUGUGAGGUGAUCAAAAUGUGUAGCCGGUUAUGUCAGCAGGAGAAUGGACAUUGGCAAAAAGAAGUACUCAAACAAGUAUUACAAAAAGCAUGGCUCAGAUAAAAAAAAGAUAAAGAAAGAAAAGGACGUUUCAGCAAUGGGUCAUUUCCAAUAUAGCGCGAUGUUUUACCUUGGCAGAAACAUUAUAUUAUUGAUUUAAACACAUAAAUAAACAUGAGCUUAUAACAGUACCUGUCCCAGCAAUAUAGUCCCCAUUCAAGGCAGCGUCUUGGAUUGGCUAACUCUCAUACAAUUCUUUCCAGGCAGUGGGAAAACAAACAGAACCAGGAUUGCAUUUCAACUUUUUUCACAUUUAACCAUUCACCAUUAAACUGCAAACAAACAAACAAACAUCUAACAGAAGGUUUUUAAAGGGCUAGUAAAAUGCAGAACCUAACAUGUGUAACCAAAAGUGUAACCAGGUGACAUUACUGUUGACGCCUUGAAACCCAUCUAUACACUUCAGAUAAACACCUGGAUUCAAAGGGCGGUACAUUUGCGUAUGAAGGAAAAUCUUCCAAUGUAGAGCAUUGCUCCGAAAUUAGCAAAGUGCAUAACCCUCCUGACAUGAAACUUGGCAUCCAUACGAGGUCGCAUUAUAAACAAUAUCAACGAGUUACAUCCGUUCCCUGGGCGACAGAGCUGCUGCUAGGCUUUGAGGGAAGAGCAUCACAUGGGGGACACACACACACACACACACACACACACACACACACACACACACACACACACACACACACACACACACACA